CCUAACUUAAACUACUUACAUAUCUAUCGUCACUCGUCACCGCAGCCAUGACAGAAAAGAAAGACAGCCUCGAGAUUAGCCAACUUCCACCGGUGGCGGUACCGGGACCGGACCUCUCGCACGAUGUACAGGACGACAAGCCAGAACUUCACCCGGACUCCAUCGAUCCGGCCACCUCCGGUAGACGGGUCCUUCUUCGACACCAGCGUGUGCUGCUCGCACCUGUGACCCCAGCCCCAACUACGAUUACUGCGACUCAGUCGAGCGAGGAGAAGAGCCAGGUGAAUGGACGCUCAACCGCGGGAAGCAGGAUGUCGUUGAAGAUGGAGCGCGUGAAGGACGCAUGGGCUGAUCUCAAGCGCAGAGUCACUCCACAACAGUACCCGCGAGCCUGGCUCUUGUUUUUAGCCAUCAUUACCAUCGCGGCUGGUGCUAUCAUCGUGGUUCUGCGUGUAGCUGGUUGGUGCGGUAUCGCCAUGGAGGCGGUACACCACUUGGAGUUGGCGAACGAAGCGACGGCCGUUUAUAUGACCGAGUCACCUGCGCCCCCGAAUCUGGUGGUUGGUGGAGGGGUUUCUGUCACGGGUAGAGGCACGGGGGGCGAUCUGUUGAGUCUUAAGCCUACGGGAUUCAAUGCGGAGAUGAUGGUGGGAGCUGCGGCUCCAGGGACAGGCGGACGAGAUGUCGUAUCGGAUCUUCCUGCAGGUUCAACUCCUACUCACGAACUCACAGCGAAGACCGCGUUGGCGAGGGACCGCACGGUCUAUAUCACUGUCACAGCCCCUCCUGAGUCGACUUCUACUACAUCGACUACUCCUGGCUCCCCUUCUACCUCGAGCGAGGGUACGGGUACAAGCGCAAGUUCGAUUCUAAGCCACGGCACAGCUCCGACAAUCUCUAUGACUACGGCGCCCAGCUCCGCAUCAGCAACAACGACUACUACGUCUACUAGCACGGAGGAGCCCGAUAUCUAUUGCCCCCAUUCCGAGCGCCCUCUAGUCUGGACGCCCUGCGUCGAUCACCCGACUUCGGAUGCGUCCCACGGAGUGGCGAGUCCCUUUUUGAGUGUAUGCCAUGUCCUAGUAGCUCUGUGGAAGACGGCUACGAGCUAUGGAAGCAAUAAAUAA